AAUUCGAUUUUAUUGCUUUCGUUAGGAGUUCGGAAGUACCUAAAGAAAUUAUCUAUGUCUACUAGAGAAUGAUUAUCUUUAAAAAUCAAAUAAUCGAAAGAAUUCAUUACAAGUUUCAUUCGACACAGUAUAUAUGAACUUCAGUGAGAUAAUAAACAAUUUCAUAGAAAUCUGUCUUAUGGUUGGCCUUUUCAUUUUCAAUUUUUCAAGUCUACGACUCCAUUCAGGAUUUCAAUAAACAACAGUUUCUAACCUAUUCUUGGCUUACCAAAAUUUUGUUCUCGCUUUUUUCCCCUCCUCUCGUCUGAUACUUUCUCAUACUAAAUGGAAAACGAUUCGAAGACUUUCAAAACAGAGAAUAAAUGCGACGAAAGUAGAAAAGACAACUCGAGCUAUUGGAAGCGUAUGAUGAGGGGUUACGAGAAGAGGAACGCCUCGUUAGAGAGACGUCGUGCAGCUCUCAUUGAGAGGGUUCAUUUUAUGGAGUGUGCAUUGCCGUCGUUGUUAAUGAGCGCUGCUGUUGUCAGUACUAACAGAUCCGAACAACAGUCUCCAAAAGUUUCUUGUCACGAUGGAACGUCUGACAGAUAUUUAAUAAUUACAGAUCGUCACGUAAAACGUAAAUCGAAGGAUACUCAAAGAUACGAAUAAAAAUAAUAAUAAUAAAAAGAAUCGAACAUAAGUAAAUGGAAUGAAAACUUUUCACUAUACAAUUGUGAUCGUAAAAAAAUUGUACAUUACUGUCUAUGAUACCUAUGUUAUGUUUCUGAUGAAAUAUUUUCACGAUUUUAUUCCUCGUUUCCUCUUCUAUAAUACAAUGUGACAAUUGAUAUCAAACUGAACGCUGUCAGAAACAGGAUAUAUAUUUUUAUCUUUAGAAAAAAAAAAAAAAGAAAAAGAAAAACAAAAAGAAGAAAAAGAAAAGAAGAAAAAUAACGAUACAUUCGCGCAAACAAUAUCAACUUUAUUUCGUAUACGGGUACAUGAUAAAAGGAUAAAACGAACAAACAGUUCCAUGUCGACCGCGUAACACUAAAAAAAGAAAACAAAGGAGCAAGAAGA